CCGCUAAGUUCUACCAAGUUGCUGAUUUAAAUUAGUGCUAAACUCGCAACCUGAAUCACUCCGUUAAACUUCUGGAAGUGUGUUUUAGAUGAGUGAGCGCGUCAGAGCUUGAGUCGUGGCGUGUCACCAAAAUACACCAGUCACCACCCCAGUUUGUGGCAUCCAAAAACUGAAUAUUCCCUUGCACCUUUUUCUUGCACACUCUAGUUUCAUUUAAGGCACCCAAGUUAAUCAUUUAGUCCUGCUGAAUAUGCUGACUUGAGUGUGGAAAUCUUGCGAACUUUGAACCUCAAACCCAGUUCAAGAAAUGGGUUUCAAGCUAUAUAGUUUUGCUGGAUUCUCUUUCUAUCUGUUUGUUGGAUUGACCUUACAUCUUCAGGUUCUUGAGUUCUGCUCUGCUGGAACGACAAGCAGCUAUGUAAGAAAGUAUAAUUAUGAUAUCGAUAUGCCCUUAGACAGUGAUGUCUUUAGAGUUCCCCCCGGUUACAAUGCUCCACAGCAGGUACAUAUGACACAAGGGGAUAGUGAGGGAAGAGGUGUGAUUGUCUCUUGGAUCACAGCUGAUGAACCUGGCUCAAAUAUAGUGCUCUAUUGGCCUGAAAAUAGCAAGCAUAUAUUUCGUGCUGAUGGCAUUGUCCUUACCUACAAGUAUUACAACUAUACAUCGGGAUUUAUUCACCAUUGUACCAUUGAAGAUUUGGAGUAUGAUACCAAAUACAACUAUGAAGUAGGGAUUGGGAACACAACCAGACAAUUUUGGUUCGUUACACCUCCCAAAGUUGGUCCUGAUGUUCCUUAUACGUUUGGUCUCAUAGGGGAUCUUGGGCAGACUUUUGACUCCAAUACAACUGUGGCUCAUUAUCAGUUGAAUCCAGCAAAAGGACAGACGGUACUUUAUGUUGGAGACCUCUCUUACGCUGAUGAUUACCCAUAUCACAACAACAUUAGGUGGGAUACUUGGGGAAGGUUUACAGAGAGAAGUGCUGCAUAUCAACCAUGGAUUUGGACAGCAGGGAAUCAUGAAAUUGAUUUUAGUCCUAAUAUUGGGGAACCUAAACCUUUCAAGCCCUAUACACACCGAUAUUUUGUGCCAUACAGACCAUCAGACAGUACAUCUCCCCUUUGGUACUCAAUCAAGAGAGCUUCAGCUCACAUCAUUGUCAUGUCUUCGUACUCUGGUUAUGGUAAAUACACUCCUCAAUACAAAUGGUUUACCAGUGAGCUAAGUAGAGUGAACCGGAAUGAAACACCUUGGCUCAUUGUACUCAUGCAUUGUCCUAUGUAUAAUAGCUACGAAACUCACUAUAUGGAAGGGGAAACCAUGCGAGUGAUGUAUGAGAAAUGGCUUGUGGAGUACAAGGUUGAUGUUGUGUUUGCUGGCCAUGUUCAUUCCUAUGAAAGAUCUGAGCGCGUAUCAAACAUCAGGUACAAUAUUGUCAACAAGAGAUGCACUCCUACGAAGGAUGAGUCUGCCCCAGUCUAUAUUACCAUAGGAGACGGAGGAAACCUUGAAGGAUUGGCCACAAAGAUGACAGAGCCACAACCAGAGUACUCUGCAUAUCGAGAAGCUAGCUUUGGACACGGCAUUUUUGAUGUUAAGAAUAGGACUCAUGCCCAUUUCAGUUGGCAUCGCAAUCAAGAUGGUGUUGCCAUAGAAGCUGAUUCUGUAUGGCUACAUAAUCGAUACUGGAAAACGAUGGCAGAACCAUCCAUAGCUGUUUCAUGAAUGUAAAGUUAUAUUAUUUGACUUCUUCAUGAGGGAAAACCAUGUGGCAUACGACAUUUGUGGCAUCUCAUGGGUUUUUUUUCCUCUUUCUUUUCCUUUUCUUUUCUAUUACACUCUACUACGGAUUGAUGGAUCCAUAUGCAGUACAAGUUAUAUGCUCUAUAUUUAUGCCUGA